AGAGGCCCGCCGAAUGCCUUGCGUCUCUCUCCCACUCAACUAUGAUCGGUCUGCCGCGCGCGCAGCACUAGAGAAUUAGGCGCAUUGAAUCGGCACAUGCUUGUGUCUCUGUCUUUGUCUUUCUCGAACGUUCUUGGCGUUGGAAAAACAAGAAAGCGUCAUAAUACAAGUUCACACGUGUGGUUAAAGUAUCGUCAGCUGUGUCUGUAGUGAAAAUGUGGAGUGCUUAGAUUCGUCAUUUACAACAACUACAACAAUAAAGGAAUCACCACUCUCAAAACAAUGGAAACGGACGAGCAAAUGCCUUCAACUUCCAGUACAUCAAUGGAGACGGAGGAUAUCGUGCCGUCAACGUCUGCAGUACCUUUCGUUGUUCCACACACCACCUCUACCGCCAGAACCAAUGCUCAGCGACAACGUGAGUACAGACUACGUCAAGCAUUGACCAGAACUCCUGAACAAGUAAGAGCCUUUAAAAAAGCGGCUGCGGAGAGGCAACGCAAGUUCAAGCUACGUAAAUCUGCUAACAUAGCCCUCACCAGCGGUACGUCAGAGUCACCUGCUUCAACGUCUUGUUCUGUGGUGGAGAGAACAAGCGUUCCUGUCGUGGCGAAGAGAACGAGCGUUCCCCUAACUAACGCUCAACGGCAACGUGCAUUCCGACAACGUAGAGCAGCAUCUUCUCGGACUGAUGUACAACCGAAUACUUCUUCAACCCAAACAGCAAUACAACUGGAACAAUCCACCUGGUGUACCAAAUGGUCAUCGUCAAUACGGAGAUUUCAAUCUACUUUCCUGGACAACGAUUUUGGCCAUGCUUGCUCGGUUUGUGACAGAUUGUGGUUCAAGAAUGACCUUAAAACCAUCACUGCACUACAACUGAAGGCAGUUCAAGAUCAUGGGGCGAGGAAGACGGGAAACAUACUUUGCCCUAAUUGCAACACUGAAAUUCAAAUUCCACAAAAUAAGGAGGAUAAAGUGAAUGCGAUGAUAGUCAAUGUGUACCAGUACUUUGCUAAAGAAGGUACGGGGUUGACGGGCGCCCAGCUCCGACAGCGCACGGCUCUGUGCACCGGCGCUAGCGAAGCCGACGUGGAGUGCGCAUUAGUUUUAGAACAUGAGAAGUCCACGGAUGAAGGGAACCCCGCCAUGUCCCAGAAUCCGCCUCGCAAACGACGCAGGAAAGGAAGCGAAUCACCACCUCCGGAACAAGAGGAAGAGCCUUAUGUGGAACAAGAGACACUGAUUGUAAAGAUCGAGCCGAAUGCUGACGAUGGAAGCAAUGAGAUAAACCCUCUUGCUAUUGACGAAGAGACGCCCCCGUAUUCUAUGACAGAGCCUGGACAUAUCUGUUUAAAAGACGGCAGCUGUUGCAAUCCACUGCAGAUUCAGCCCAACGUGAUAAACGCAGCGACGGUAUUUGUGAAGGAGGAGCCAAAGGAAGAAACGAACGCGGACCAACCGGUCGCGAACAUUUCGCUCCCAGUUCACGCCUGCGAUUCGGAUUCAUCAGAUGCACCGUCAGACCAAGCGAUGUCACAGAGUUAUCAACCGAAGCAGUCUGACAAUAAAGGGCCAACGCCAGACAAUCCGCUAGAUUCGUGUUCUCAUAUAAAAACGGAAGAGAUUAAUAUAGAAGAUAGUUGCUGUUCAGACACAGAUUCUGAAGGAUAUAGUUAAUUUUGUAUAAAACUUUAAAGAUAAAGAUAAUUUAUUUGAAUAAACAUGUGUCAUUCAUACAAAAGCAUGAAAGAUGUAUCACAAAAUACGCAAACGUUUAUAGUUCCGCCCCUACGUAAGAUAGUGUUUGUCUUUUUAAAGUGUAGGUGAAAGUAUUGUGAACUCUUUUCAAGUAAUCUUAUUUUUUGUUGCUACAAUAUUUAAAUUGUAACUCCAUAUAAUAAAUAAGUAGACUAUGAAAAUACAUACCGGUGUUUACAUAAUUAUAAAUAUCGCCAAAUAAAUGUAUUACGAUUCAGUUAAGAGUAAACUGUAUGUGUAGAAGUAUCCUAUAUUGUAUGCAAUAUAAAUAAUAAUCCCGGUCACGACCCGUUUCCACUGGAUUGUACCACUGUUUACCCCUCCACUCACCAUGGCAUAUAAACCGAGGUUAUUGAUAAAAUUAAAAUAUUUACAAAUA